ACUUCCUGGUCCUGUUGGACUGACGGGGUCGAGGUUCACGGGUUAAAGGUUUAGAUACACGCUGCUUUAACAUGUGUUGUUGUUUUGACAACUUUACCCGUAACGACCUCGAGUAAAAGGUAGAAACAUGGGGAAGAAUCGGCAGAAUAGGCUUACUGAAUCGGGAAAACAAAAUGGCAAGAUCGGGCGACAUCCAAGUGAGAAGAAGCUGAAGACUGAUGGUAAGCUAAAGAAAGCCAAACAUGAAGACCACCUCAAACACAUCCCCUUCCGGCUCCGCGAGAUCAUGAAGAGCAAGGAGAGGAUGAACAUGGGAUCCUCCAGGAGGAAAAAGAUGAAAAAAGCUUUCAUCCCCAAAGUGAAGCCAGCAGACUCUCAGGUUGGCGACAUACCUGUUCCUCAUUUCAGGAGGGGAAAGGAGGAGGAUGUGAAGUCUUACCUGCAGCGCAUGGAGAAUGAGACGAAUCAUGUCCUCUUCCUCACCAAGAACCAGGUGGAGAGGAAACCAGAGCUGGAAAUAGACAAACAGGAGAUGCCUGCAGAUACGGGCAGGUCUGAGAAAAAGAAGAAGUAUGAUAAAGAGAGAUUACAGAAGCUACAGCAGAAAAAGCUGGACAGACAGGAGGACAAGAUCGAAAAAGAGAUGUUCGUAGAUAAAGUUGACUUUGGAGAAAUUGUGAUGGCCCCACCUUCUUUGAGUGCCAAACCCAAAAAAGCUAUGGUCAAAUCCCAGAACGCAUCAAAGGAGCUGCUUCUCAACUCUCUUCUGGGUCACACGGCCGUCUCCACAGCCAAACCGUCCAUGGCCCGACAGAGGAUGAUGGAGGAAGAGAGGGAACGCGCAGUGGAGGCCUACCGGCAUCUUAAAAAGCAGAGGCAGCAGCAGCGGGAAGCCAGGACUGCCGGCCUGGACAAGCUCAAGAACUUUGAGUGAUGCCCCGUGCCACUUGCCAGAAGAAACUGCAGCUAGCUGUAACUUCCUACUAUGGCCAUUGUCUGUGACUGUCUUCAGCAGAGGUGUGCAGAACAGAGAAACAAGAUGGUCUGGCAUGUGGCAGACUGCACUUGUUGCAUACACCCCUUACAGGAGGAACUGAUAGACCCCCCAAAAGGAGACUUUACAACAGUGUAUGUUACUGUCAUGGAAGGACAGACGCAAAUAUUUGCAUCCACAGAGCACCACAUCUGGUAAAUAUCAAUAUUCACCAGCAACUUGUGUUAUUAUACCAGCCAUUUAGCUCCUUGGAAUAAAACAGGGCAUUCACAUGAACUGAGUGUGUAAGUGGCUGCUAGGAUAGAGACACCAAGCACCUGAGACUACAUGUAAAGAUGAAUUUGCAUGGUAGCUACUGUUUUUUUUUUUUUUUCUCUUUCAAUCAAGCAGGUUGUUUAAGAAAGACAUUUACAGACAGCAACCCACAGUAAACACACAACACAACAUAAGAAAAAUAAAUAACAGUAGAUAACAGAAAAGAGUUCUUGUUUCUGUUUCUCUUAUUUUUUUUGCCUGAGAUGUCUACACUUUUCUAACUGGUUCAAUAGGUAGCUCCUGUUACAUUAUUUUUAGUGAUAGAGUGCUUAUUCCGGAUUAACUAGACAGUAAAACCAAAUGGAUUUUCUCAUAGAUUCUCUCGUCUAAAAUUAAUCUGUUUGUUGGCUGUGGUCCCACUAGGUGGCAGUCCUGUAGAAACAUCAGUCCAUGUGUUUUUACACUUUUUUGCUGUUUGCAUGGAAAGCUGAGAGAAUAUAUGGUUAUUUUGGACAUUUUAAGUAAAGUUUUAUUUAUUUCCUACGCAUUCUCUGUGUUUUAUAUGAGCUUUAGAUAGCUGCCCUCAACCAGGUUGACUCUGUGUUAGUUCAAAAAUGAACAUAUUUGAGCGUAGUCUAAUGCACAACAAUAUAGAAACAUUUCCCUGCAGAUAAAACAAACAUUGGGGAUUGAAAUGAAGGAAACUAUUUGUAUCUGGCCUUGCUGCCUACCUUGGCGUCAUAUCUGUUUGAUGGCCUCUAGCCAGGUCUAAAUUAAUCGCAUCAGCUUUUUAAAUGCAGAAGCCCUAUUAGAGCCUGGCACAGCUAUUUACAUUUGUAAUCCCUUAAAGGUUGACCCUCUCUGUUCAUUCCAGCCAUGAAUGAGGCUUUUGUAUGAGUGUUGGACUGCAGGCCAAACAACACUGUGUUUUUGCAUGUUUUGUAUUGUUCAGAGAUGUUUGGUUCGACAAAGACUGUCUAUUACUGGCUAUUUGAUCACUCAAAACAUCUUGAAUCUGAAAACAAAUAUGACAGUCUGGUGAUGUUUUUCCAGUAAUUGCGCUAGUCAAUUCCACAGAAUAAUGCAUUAUCAAGUACAAAAGUGAUACCUUAAUCCUUUUAAUGCUGAAUAACUUGUACUGUUUUUGGAUUUAGAAUGAUUUCUGUUUGAUCAGCUUGCCUGUGGUGAAACUGUCAUGUUUUCAUGGUUGUGUAUGUCCACAGAGGGCUUUCAACGUGACAUGGAAAUGUAUUAAGUGAGAACAGAUGCUUGUGACUGGUAGUGGUGGCUCUUUGAGUUGAGCCCAACCAUCCCCGGCCAUAUGGCCACCAGUGUCCACCAGUGUGCAAGACAGCUAUUCAUAUUAUUUAGGGAUAUGCACAUGCUGUCUUUGAGACAAACAAAGUGCCUGUGAUUUCGCGUGAAGUCAUUGAUCGGAAACACAUUGCUAACACAAUCCCUUUAAGCCUGUAACAGAUCCAUGGCAUGGUAAAACACGCUUGGUUUGUGGAAUCACACUUCUCACUGGAAACAAUGCAGAUUAUUUGUUUAUGAGAUAGAUGGGAUCAAACCUGACCAAGGUGACGGGGAGGUUUCUGUGGGUGAGCCUGCACUUUCGGGUAUCAGCCUAACACACUACAGCAAUCCCAAGAGCAAACAGAGUCAGGUGCUUCAAAAUUGGUACUUGGUAAAGUGUUCUGUAAAUUUGGUUGAAACUUAAGGAUUUUUGUCACUGCUUUGACCUUCCAUGUCUGCAUUGUAUUGUCUGACAAGAUGCUCAUCUUCUGUUGUACCUAAAUUCAAAAAGAUAUUUUAUAUAUGAAGUAAGUAAAAACUCAG